ACAAAUACAAUACAAGUAUCCAACGCAAGAGACUAGUGCCAUACAUUUCAUCGAUGGCGCGCGUAGCAUCCAACCCGAUCGGACUCGGCCUGCCCGAAAUCGCACCGUAUUUCCAGCCAUCCAAUCCUCUUCCCUUUCUCCGGCCUUCUCUCCGAUUCCAGAUCGGAACUCGUUCCUUUCCCAGGUUAUAUUGCCAGACGAAUCCCAACCAGACCGAGUCUCCCACAACGCCUCAGGAAGAUCCACCUGUCGAGCCUGUUUUGGCCAAAGAUAAUAACGUUGAGCAAACUACAACUUCUACUCAAAAUGUUGAAUUGGUUAAAUUUCCAAAUAAAAGCAUCAAUAGGCGGAUUGCCGUGGCAUCUGCCGGAGCUGCUGUGGGACUUUUCCUAUCGUCAAGGUUAGAGUUUGGCGUUUCUCUCAAGGACCUAUCUGCUGCUGCCUUACCAUAUGAAGAGGCUCUUUCAAAUGGGAUGCCCACCGUCGUGGAAUUUUAUGCAGAUUGGUGUGAAGUUUGUCGGGAAUUAGCCCCUGAUGUCUACAAUGUUAAGCAACAAUACAAGGAUCGCGUGAAUUUUGUUAUGCUGAAUGUCGACAACACAAAGUGGGAACAGGAACUCGAUGAAUUCGGCGUUGAGGGUAUACCCCAUUUUGCUUUCUUGGACAAAAAUGGAAAUGAAGAAGGCAAUGUGGUGGGCAGGCUUCCAAGGAAGUAUCUGCUUGAAAAUGUGGAAGCCCUUGCAAAAGGGGAGGCUUCAAUACCUUAUGCGAGGGUUGUAGGGCAGUACUCUAGUGCUGAAGCUAGGAAGGUGCACCAGGUUGUCGAUCCUAGAAGCCAUGGUUAGAUGUUUCUUCAAUUGGAUCAGAUACCUCAGGAUACAAAUGGAAUAAAAGAUAAUGAUAUUCAGGUUGAAUUUUAGUUCUUGGACUUGCAUUCAAGGCUUGCUGUUUGAUUGCCUGGAAAGAUAACAACACUGUCUCUGCUUCCAUGUAACUUGUAUGCAGGUGAGAAUUGGCUUUUAUCCACUGUAUAAUCUUACUUGGAAAUGCUUGUAUGGUAACUGUUAACAGUAUUUUCACAUACAAGAUCCAAAAGUCUCAUGUGCUUCA